GGGGAGCCAAGGAUAACAGGGGGACGAGUCCCCUUCAGCAAAUCCUCCUCUAAUUGCUGAGCAUGAUCUCUUUUGCAUCGUUCUAAUGUGCGGUCCUUAUGCUGAUCCCAUACUGAAUUCGACCCCGUGAAAUAACCGGAGUAGCAUGUGCAUGAUGCAAUACCGUCAUAUUUCGGAUCUCUAUCCCGCAGCAGCAUGGCCAGGCAUAUUCCGGAUUCAAAGGGGAUAUACCAAAGAACAAACCGUGGGCCCAUACUCUUCUGGUGUGCUACGUUUCCUCGAAGUGCCAUUAUAUAACCUGCGAGCAGUACCUAUGAGCAGACAAAGAUUUGUCCUCUGACUGAGCACGUCAUCCUUGUUUGAUGCAAUUGUAACAAUGGUUCAAACACUGACAAGCACCGCGCUGGUACUCCUUCGCCUUGUGACUGCGCAGCAGAUCGGGUCCAUCGCCGAGAACCACCCGCAGCUCACAACAUACAGAUGCAGUUCUCAGGGUGGCUGCGUUGCACAAAGCACCUCAGUGGUGCUUGACAUCAACGCACACUGGAUACACCAAAACGGAGCCCAAACAUCAUGCACCACUAGCAGCGGCCUUGACCCGUCUCUCUGCCCGGACGCAGUGACCUGCAGCCAGAACUGCGUAGUCGAAGGCAUCACCGACUACGGCAGCUUCGGCGUGCAGACCUCAGGCGACGCCAUGACGCUCCGCCAAUACCAAAUGCAAAACGGCCAGAUAACGACGCUGAGGCCGCGUGUGUACCUCCUCGCCGAGGACGGCAUCAACUACAGCAAGCUGCAGCUCCUCAACCAAGAGUUCACCUUCGAUGUCGACGCCUCCAAGCUCCCCUGCGGCAUAAACGGCGCCCUUUACCUCUCCGAGAUGGACGCCUCUGGCGGCCGCAGCGCCCUCAACCCCGCCGGCGCAACCUACGGCACAGGCUACUGCGACGCGCAGUGCUUCAACCCGGGCCCCUGGAUCAAUGGCGAGGCCAACACCGCCGGCGCAGGUGCCUGCUGCCAGGAGAUGGACCUCUGGGAGGCCAAUUCCCGCUCUACAAUCUUCUCCCCGCACCCGUGCAACACGGCCGGGCUGUACGCGUGCACCGGCGCCGAAUGCUACUCCAUCUGCGACGGGUACGGCUGCACCUACAACCCCUACGAGCUCGGUGCAAAGGGUUACUACGGCUACGGCCUCACCGUCGACACCAGCAGACCGAUAACCGUCGUCACGCAGUUCGUGACGGCCGAUAACAGCACGCUAGCCGAGAUCCGCCGGCUGUACGUGCAGGAUGGCAGGGUCAUCGGGAAUACGGCUGUCGCGAUGACGGAGGCCUUCUGCUCGUGGUCGAGCUCGUUCGAGGCGCUGGGUGGGUUACAGCGUAUGGGCGAGGCGCUGGGUAGGGGCAUGGUGCUUGUGUUCAGUAUCUGGGAUGAUCCGGGCCUGUGGAUGCAUUGGCUUGAUAGUGACGGUGCCGGGCCGUGCAGUAGCACCGAGGGAGAUCCUGCUUUCAUACAGGCCAACUACCCCAAUACGGCGGUGACUUUUUCGAAGAUCAGGUGGGGGGAUAUUGGUAGUACGUAUCCUCCUUAGGUACUGCUGGUUGUAUAUAGUCGUUUCGACUGUCAAUUUGUACAUAUCGUUCUCUAAAAGCCUGUACAUGGA